AGUAUAAAAAGUAAAAGUAUUCAAUGUCAAGCUGAAUUCAACCUGUAAGUAUUAAAUCAUUCUACAUUAUUACUGGAUGACUGAGUGAGUGAUGAUCUGAGUUAAAAAAAACAAUGUAUCACAUGGAUUCAUAUUUGACCGAUAAGACCUCCCGCCUACCCAUGGUUGCACUGUGGUGACAAACAGCACUGUCUGUAUCAGUGAGUUAUCUAUAUCUGUAUCUGUAUCUGUAUCAUGAGUGAGGUCUUCAGCUCUCUGCAUCAGAGCCACACACAACAAAGUCCCUCGUGUUCCACAUGAUUCGUAAAAUGUGAAGUACACUUCCUGUUAUCGCUAACUCUAUCUCUUCUAAAAGCGUGAGAAGAUGAGGGUGACCCAUGUAAAGUCUCGAAUGAAACCAUCCACUCUGCAGGCUGGACAAGACAGAUCACAGCAGAACUACAGCAGAAAACCUGUUUUUACAUCUGGCUUCAGUCUGCCCAUUAGUUUAGAACCUAUUCACCUACUGGCCUGAGAGUAAAAUGUAAUCUUUUCUAACUAAAAUUAACUUCUAUUAACAUUAUCAUGAAGAAAUGUUCUGUCUUCUUGCAACAGGAACGCAAACUGCAAGAAAAUCCCGCCUACAUCAAUGUAAAGUUUGAUGUCCUCUGUCUUUUUCUUUAGGGUUACUUUGUCUUACAGAACACAGACAAAAUGUAAAUGUGAGCAAGCAGGCAACCUAUCGUGGUCAACCAACUAGUUCCGCAGUACUUAAUGGCACAGAUCUUGAUCAGGUUUUUGAGAAUAACAUGAAGUUGAAGAAUGUGGCUGAGUGGAAUUCACAACAUAUUAACACUGUGUCGUACUGUAAACUUCAAAAGUCAUGUUUUAAGGUAACGAUUUUAUGGGUUUUAGAUCAUUUUUCACAAGUGCUGGUGUGAUGAGCAAAUACCAAGGUACAGCAUAUGUGAAGAAAACACUCCGCCUCUUCAACCCCUGUGACAGAGCUCAGUGUUAUAAAGCACCAUUACAGGGACACGAAUAUACGCACAAUGAGGAACUUCACCUUGAUAACAGUUUUACUUCUCUGCUGCCUCAGCUGGAUCUCUGUCUCAGGUUCAGAGUUUCAAACUGUGGAGGUUCAGCCUGGUGAAGAUGUCACAAUGCUGUGCUCCAACUAUUCCAGUGUUCCCACUCAGAUAACCUGGUACAAACUGGUCAAAAGAACACAGCCUCACUGUGUCUCCUCUAUGUUCAGGUCUACUGACCCUGCUAAAUACUGUGAUGGAUUUAAAAGUGGAAAAUUUGAAAUGAGCUCCAAUGUCUAUACUCUCUUUCUCAAAAUCAAACAAGUGGAUUUAUCUGACUCUGGACUGUAUUUCUGUGGAUUUUACAUUACCAAAAACCUGGUUAUUGUCGAUGCAACGUUUUUAGAGGUUCAAGAAGGGUUUGAUGGAUUAACAAAGCUGAUCCUGGGCGGUCUGACUGUUUUCCUCGCUAUGGUCGUCAUCUGUCUGGCUGUUAAAAUCAAAAAGCUUCAGAAAGAACAGAAUCACCAAUGGAGAGAGAAUCUGGACUCUAAUGACCUGAAGGAUGCAGCCCUGAGUUUGUAUUUAACAACAAUAAGAAACAGGAGGCCUGAGUCAGAGAGACAAGUGGAGACUCGUGUUAUUUAUGCUGCCAGCAGAUAGACUCAGAGUGGUUCAGAGGAACUGAUGCUUUAUCAUAUUAAUCUGCUACUGUGAUUUUUCUCUAUAAGUGGUGGGUAGGGGGAAUUAACUUCUCUUGAUUGAUGUUUGUUGAGGAGGAACCAUGAGGACAUUGCUGACUAAGGGUUCAAAGUUAGAGUCAGAUGGAGGUCUGCAGCCGUGGAGGAGUGAGUGAGGUUCACAUCACUUGUUUGACAGAGUGCUCUGCACACAGCUGAUGUCACAAUGUUUGCCUCCAUCCUCAGUCCCUCCCUUCAGACACACUCUCUCAUCCCCUGCCCUCUGCACUGCUCUCUCUCUCUCUGCCCCAGGCCUUAUACUUUCCUGCCAUCCUUGAGCUGUCCGCCAGAUGCCCUCAGCCUUUUUGUCGUUUCUCACUUCCAGCCGCUCCUUCCUGCCCUGCUGUCACCCGCCUUCACACAUGUUCUCAUGAACUCUGUAAUACUUAUAUCAGACUUUUUUUUUUCUCUGUCUGCCUACCUAUAAACCAUUUAACUGUUGCUGUUGUGCAUUGUCUGCAUUGGGUGCUCUCCCUGCUGCCUCACACUCACCACCUUCACAACUGAGGUGAAAAUCAUGAGGUCUGUUAACUUGAAGCUUUGAGAGAAUGCAAUCUGAAACCAACAAAUCAGUCAACAACUGCACAGUCUACUGUGAAAUAUGCAAAACAAACAUUUAAACAGUUUUUAUAAAGCAUAAAUGUGUAAACUUAAUACUUUAACUGCAGUAUGAUGUCAUGCAUGUGUGUAAAUGUGUGAUAAAUGUCUGAAUCAAAAAUAAAAUGCAUUUAAAUAUGA